AGUAGGAUUUUGCUAUAAAAGAAAUAGCCAUAAAGAACACUUUGAAGUUGUCAAUAUAGAGAAUACCACCACAAGAAGCAACCAUGCCUGUGGAAGGAGGGAAAACUGAUAUGGAGAGGAUUGGCCUCUUUAGUGAGAUGGAAUAUGUUACUGUUGGUGAUAAAUAUGUGUCAUCAUUUAAUCGACCCUUUAAUGAGGCUGCAAGCAAAAAUAAACAGAUGCUACCUGGGGGAUCCAAAGAAAUGUCAAAUCUCCAGGCAGGUUAUUUUGAUCCCCAUUUUGUAAGGAUAUUUGAAGGUGAAGGCUAUGUAAGUCUGAAUCAAGUGAGGAGACGGCAUAUGAUGGAAGAAGCAAAAAAAAAUCUAGGCAAAGCCUUCCUCCCUAGUAGUGGAGAUAAAAAGCCAUGUGGUUUAGGAAGCUACUAUGGAACAUUAGGUGGUCCCGUGCCAUUCUUCAGUGCACAGUCAAAACCCAGAGAAAAAUAUGAGGCACCUGGAAAGAAUUUAUAUACAAACCCAGGAAAGAAAGGAACUGGAUAUGGCUAUGCAAAUAUUACCAUAGGUAAACAGUUUUCACACUCUGCUGAUUUCUACGAUGCACCCAAACUAAAUUAUAAGAAGGAGAAUGAAGAACACCAUCGUUUAGUUAAAGGAACACCUUUCAAGUUAAACCUUUACCCAAGGGAAUAUUUUGAUAUCAAUCCUUAUUCGUUUGAGAAGUCUUUACCACCAAUUAAAAAAACAGAGAAGAAAGAAUUACUUGCACACCCCUUUAAGCCCUCUUCUCCUGGUAAAAAGGCUGGUGGAAUGAAGGCAGGAACAUUUGACCCUUACCCUUCACACUCUGCUGACCCUUAUGUGGUUAAAUUGGCAAACCAGAUUUCCAGCAAAGGUGCUAAGAUUUUCCACCCACCAAGUGGACCAAAGAGCAGACCAAUUGAAAGUAUAAUGACCUUAAAUGUCAAAAGGGCACUAAAUAUGAAGAACUACAAGACUGCUUCAGUACAGUCCUAUUAGCAUUUGGAAGACAAGUAACUUUCUAGGUUGUGACUACCGGUAAUUCAUUAUGGAGUGCUAAUUAUUUGCAUACAACAUAAGAUGUGGAACAUAUCUCAAACAUUUAAAAGAUGUUUAAGCCUGCAACUCUAAUAUUCUUCCUUGUUUUAGUACUAUUACUUAAUGAAUAAACAGUAUUUGCUAAUAAUUUA